GGCUUGGUGUGGCCCCUCCUUUGUCCGACCCCCCAAGUUUCUUGGGUGGGACUGCGUGGGGUUCUCCUCGCUCGCGGCUGGUUGUCCAGACACCAAGGCCAAUGUGGAGAAGGGCCCGGGUCAGAGACAGGACAGGUCCAGGACACUGGGGCUGGUCUUGAGCAAGGAGGCCCCACCUGCCCAUGGGUCCUCCGGAACUGCUUGAGUUUUCCUUCGCAAGUAAACGGGGCCAGGCCCCUUCCCUCUGCCCCCGGAGUGCUUGAAAGCCGGUCCCAAUGCACUCUUCUUUGUGGCUUCCUUUCACCAGCUGCCCUCCUGCCGCCAUGCUGCCCCUGCUGCCCCUGUGCCUAUGUCGGCUGUGGCCCCGCAGCUCUCCCACCCGGCUCUUCGCAGAGGCCGCCGGGCAGCGGUCUGGCCCCAGUAACUACUAUGAACUGUUGGGGGUGCAUCCUGGUGCCAGCACUGAAGAAGUUAAACGAGCUUUCUUCUGCAAGUCCAAAGAGCUACACCCUGACAGGGACCCCGGGAAUCCAGCCCUGCACAGCCGCUUUGUGGAGCUGAGCGAAGCAUACCAAGUCCUCAGCCGGGAGCAGAGCCGCCGCAACUAUGACCACCAGCUCCGUUCAGCAACUCCCCCAAAGUCUGCAGGAUCCACAGCCCAUCCCAGGCCUGGUCAUCAAGCACACAGCUCCUGGGCACCCCCCAAUGCACAAUACUGGGCCCAGUUUCAUGGUGUGAGGCCUCAGGGACCAGAGUCAAGGCGGAGGCAGCACAGACACAACCAGCAGGUGCUGGGGUACUGCCUCCUGAUCAUGCUGGCAGGCAUGGGCCUGCACUAUGUUGCCUUCAGGAAGCUGGAGCAGAUGCACCGUAGCUUCAUGGAUGAAAAGGAUCGGAUCAUAACAGCCAUCUACAAUGACACUCGGGCCCGGGCCAGGGCCAACAGAGCCAGGCUCCAACAGGAGCAACAGCAGAGGCAGCAGCUGCAGCCACCAGCCGAGCCUCCUUCAGGCCCCAGGAUUAUGCCCCGCUGAGCCCCUCACCUGGAUGGAGCCUGUUAUGUGUUCCCUUGCGGGACUUCCCACUACCCAAAACUUGUGCAAUAAAGUGAUUCU